AUGAAAGCAAGAUACUUUACGCGAAACUUUGACUACUGGUCCAAACGAGGCAUACGGGGCCCAAAGCCUGUGAUUGGUUUCGGAAAUAUUUUGCAUAAAUUCCUUAAACCAAUCACUAGUUUGGAGGUCCAAUGGAUUCACGAAUUCGGCACAAUAUACGGUAUUUUUGAAGGCAAUCGACCCAUACUAACGGUGGCGGACCCGGAGCUCAUCAAAAAUAUUUUGGUCACAGAUUUUCACCUAUUUAACGAUAAGGAGGGAAACCCUUUAUUCAACUCAAAAGCCCACCCAAUACUGGGCCAAAAUCUCGAAGCAAUGGCGGGCGACGAGUGGCGUCGGGUGCGGACAGUACUGUCGCCCACUUUCUCGGCCUCACGGAUGCGUAAAAUGUUUGUCCAAAUGAGGGAAUGCGUGGACAGUAUGUUGAGGGGGACUGCCCUCGGUAUAUUCAAAAUUAAUUGCCUGCAACACGCCUUUCCAGGCCUAACAGUAGGCGUUGUGGUGAGUGAUGGACAAUACUGGACACUAGUCGUAGGGGACGGGGUUGAACACAUUGGAGUUGGGGUAGUAGUGCUCAUAAUGGUGUACCCCAUGCAAUGGGAUCUCAACCGUAUCGCCCUUACGAAUGGUGAUACCGGUGUCGCCCAACUUAUAGUCGGCUACUGCCGUACGUCUCAUACGUAUGGAAAUGGUGUGCAGGCGUUGAGACUCAUUGAUGACGGCCUCGAGGAAAGGCAUCUGAGAUAUGGACUCGAA